CCGCUGCCCUUCGCCCCGGGGCGGGGCUGCCCGGUGCCCGCAGCCCGGGAGGGGCCGGCCCGGUCCGGCGGCACCUGCGGCUCCUGCGGCGGGCGGAGAUGGCCCGGCCGGUGGCACUGCCCCCCCGGGACCGGAACCGGGACCGGCCCCGGCACAGCUACGAGGGCUUCGUGGAGAAGCGGGGGCCACGGGACCAGGUGGGCGGGCACCCCCCGGGACCGACCCCGGCACCCCGGGACCGACCCACCACCCCGGUCCCCUCCGCCGCCCGGGGCGUCCCCGCGGAGCCCGGGGUGCCGGUGCCCCGGUGCCUCCCCGCAGCCCCCGGUGCCGGAGCUGAGUCCCGCCCCCCCCCCCCCGCAGGGCUCCCGGAGGGUCUGGGCCGGGCUGCGGGGGCUCGCGCUCGCCUUCUACGGGGGGCCCCGGGACUGCGAGCCCCUGGAGGUGCUGGACCUGGGCGAGCUGGUGGCCGUGCGGGCUGAGGGCGGGGGCCUCGUCCUCAGGCUGAGGGGACAGGAGGUGACACUGAAGGCGGAGAGCCAGGAGGCGCAGGAGAUGUGGUGGGGAUUCAUCCUGACCAUGGCAGAGCUGAAGGUGCCCACGGACCUGGCGCUGCUGCCCGGCCGCGUCUUCCGGCUCUCGGAGGCCCUGUGCCAGGAGCGGGACCGCAGGGCCACCCCUGGGUCCCCCCCGGCCCCCCCGAGCCACCACCGCCCCUGUGAGUUGGGUGGGGUCCCCCCCUGCUUCUUCGAGGUGACGCGCCUGGAGGCCGAGCGGCUGCUGGAGCGGGGCGCGGGUGGGGGGAACAUGGUGCUGCGCCCCGGGGGGCACGGCCGGGGCAUCUCCGUCACCACGUGCCAGGAGCUGAACGGCGCGGUCCUGCUGAAGCACUACAGGGUGAACCGCGUGGACCGGGGCUACGUCAUCGAUGUGGACACGCCGCAUCGCUGCUCCUCGCUGGCCCAGGUGGUGCGGUCCUUCGUGGAGAGCAGCAAGGGCAGCCUGCGGCCCCUGCACCCCGACUGCAGCCCGCGGCUCGGGGGGCUACAGGGGGGGCUACGGGAGUUGGUGGAGACGGAUGGCACGAACGGGGAGGAGACCCGGGGGGGGGAGCAGACCUACGUGACCGAGCAGGGUGAGCGAGACCCCCAGAGCUCAGCGCCCCGUCCCGCCGCCCGCCGAGCCCUGCUGCCACCCCACGACCGCGGUGAGUGGGGGGGGGGGGGCAGGGUGGUCCCUCUGGGGUCACUGGCGGGGGGGGGGCCGGACCCCCGGGUCCCCUGCAGGCGGUCACCUCCCCCCCGCGCCGCGGGCAUGGCGGAGGAGCUCGCCAAGAAGCUGCAGCUGCGCCGAGCUCUCAUCGAGGACUGACGGGUGCCAGCGCGGGGGGGGGGACACCCAGCUGCCCCCCCACUUUGUGCCAGGAACCAGCUGGGGCAGCAGUGCCCCCCCUCCCCGGGACAAAGCCGCCCCCAGGCCCCCCCCCCCCCCCCCGAUCCCAGCACCCCCCUAGGGCUGGGGGGGCACUGGGGAGGGGGGUGCAGUGGCACAGCCUGGGGAGGGGGGGCCAGCUGCAGAACCCCAACCCGCAUAUUUGGGGGGGGCAUCGCCCCAGGCACCAUCCCGA